AUGCAUUUCCCUUUGGUACUUCUCGUUUUUGUGUUAUACACAUUUAAAGAAACAUGUCAGGCUACCGUUACCGAGUAUUCUGAGCUGGGAAGAGUGAUAGAUCUUCGAAAGGUCAACUUACUGGCCAACUUCAACGAGCAAGAGAACAGGAUCUUUGAGGAGCUCCCCCCCAAAUGUCUCGUAAAGAAACCUUUGAAAUCUUCAAGCAGCUACCUCGAUUAUUAUGCAAGUACCAAGCAAUUUUAUAAAUCACUUGCCACCCAGUCAAGCUUGAGCGCCUCUUUACAGUCCGCCUACUCGUUGGGUGUUACUGUAUCAGUAGCAACAAACAUCCAAACUUCAGAGAAUACUGAAGUAAGUGGCAUGUCCUUAAACAAGCAGGCGCUAACGGAAAAGAUCCACGUCGAUAAGGAAUGUCUAGUAAAUGCUGACAUCUCCACAUUAAAAGGAACAUUUCUAAAAGACUUCGAGGACUUGCCCGUAAACAUCAAAAGUCCCUGGGAACAGAACUCAUGGAGAGAUUAUAGUAAUUUUCUUAACAAAUACGGCUCUCACGCCAUAACUUCGGUGGUGCGCGGAUCAAGAUUUCAGCAGAUGGCAUUCGCAGAGAGCUCUAAAGCUUACACUGAAAGAGAUUUCCAAGUAAAAGCUUGCCUUUCGGCCGUAGGACCUACCCAGGUUGGACAGCUUGGCAUUUCUGCGUGUUCAAGCAUAAGCCAAAGUGAGAUAUCCAAAGUGAGUACGAUGAGCAUAAGCGAGAAACGCUUUGUCAAAGGUGGAAAAAGGGAAACAAACAGCGAGCUGGCAAACGGAGCGACGUCGGCUGAAUUGCUUAGCCAACUCCUGAAUGAAGCAGAUGAAUUUCCCGCGUCUAUUCAGCACACCUUUAUGGCGAUCUGGACCAUCCUACUAAGCCGAUUUAAACAUGGAUCUCCUAACAAUAUCCGAGCCACAAACCUCGAGUACUACUACCUUGGUUUCUUGAAUUAUGGUUGUCCCUUCAUAAGUAACGAUGGACUUGCCAUACAAAAAUUUGACCAUACCAGAGGCUCCAGUGAGAAGUAUCCAGAAUUCGAGUGUACCCUGGCAAAAGAGGGCUGCCACCAAAGCGAUGACUGCCACUACAGACCCAUUUGGUGCUCCUGUCGUGGUCCAACAUGUGUCCGUUACACGAGAGUGAAAGAAGGUGCGGGUGACUCUAAGUUAACUGCAUAUCCAAAUACAUUUGAAGAUUGGGGAUGGCAUGGUUGCGGUUGGAAAGCUGCAGGAUCUUAUUGCGACUGCUAUAAUGACAAUCGGGAUCAGCGGAAAACUGUGUGGUCCCUGCCAAACAGAGAUGCCGCUACACAUAUAGCAUCAACCAAAACGCUGCAAAAAAAGACAGAAAAUUAA